ACCUAGAAUUCGUCCCACGAAUUCGGUUUCGUCCCAUAUUUGCCCUAAUAUUCUCGAUCCAUUCCAAAAUUCUCUAUCUCCUCUUCUCUUCUCAACUCAGUGACGGCAGCAGCGCGCAAUCCCUCUUCUUCGUCGAUGUCUCCGGCAGGUAAGCUUCAUUACUCUCCCAUCUCCUCUCCGGCGUUUUCGGCGCAUUGCGGCCAGCCGUGCCUUGUCGGCGCGGCUGGCCUUGGACGGCAGCUGCGGGGCGCCGGAUCUGGCCUUGGCUGGCCCGCUGGCGGCCAGGGUCGGCCGCUGGCGGCCCCCUGUCGGCCUCUGGUGGCCCAGGCGGCCGCUGGUUGGCCAGGAGGGCCGCUAGCGGCCGAUCGUCGCCCCCCUGGGCCGCUGUGGCCCCCUGGCCGCUACCGGGCCGGAGUGGCCGCUGCCGGCCCCUAGGUGCACCGGAUGCAUACUGCCUUCAGGGACUAUGAGAGGAGUUACGACGCCCACAUCGUAGGGUCACUUCACUAUGCCAGUGACACUUUCUCAGAGAGGAUGUCGGACCUCGUCUACGCUGUCAAGGGCAAGGACACCCUAGUCUUUCAUUGCGCCCUCAGCCAGGUCGCCCCUUUUCUUCUCUUGUCAAUUGUUGUGGCUGGUGUGUUGGUGGUGAACUCCACUGCUGUGCGUGGUGGUUUUAGCAAUGAUCCUCAAGAUGAGAAUGACGUAGGGUGCUACAAGGGGAGGUUUUGCAGAAAAAGAAUGGUUAUUCUUGCUGAUACAAUCUUGCCUAAGAUUGAAAGUAACAAGUUUCAUGAGAUUGUGGAUCCAACAUGUGCAGCAAUAGCAGAAUAGAGUCUAAACUAGAGAAUACAAAUUAGAACAUAUCAGAGAUGACCAUUCAUCGGAAAUGUGUAUUCCUUUUGACGUACUGUAUGCAUGUAUGGAUGAACAUGACCCCCCUCUAACGUGUAUUAAUUUUCUACUGCCAUUGUUAUUUAGAUCCUAAACCUUUUCUAAGUUCUUAUGGUUGAGUUUGACGUUGUAGGAAACUUUCUACGUGCUUGUCUAUUUUUCAUCCUCUGACUUUGUUGAUAUAUUGUAACUUCUAUGAAUAAUUAAUGUGGGUUUCCAUACAGGAAAGAAGUUUGAAGGUGAUUGUGUUGAAGGCAACGGACAAGCAAUCAAAAAAGUUGUAGCUGCUAUUGGAAUUAUCAAGG